CAGUCACAUAAUAGCAUAAAUCUGUUAGUAAUGUUACACUUUGUACGAUGUUAUAUAUGGAAUUGUUUUUCCCGUGUCCCUGAGAGUACGAUCACAUAUGUGGGAUUUCAGAAUGUACAGUGAUAACAUGCUGCCAGAAUCAAGCCGGGUUUGGCUGCACACGGACGGAGGCGCGCAAUUGGAGACUGACAUAAUAAAAAUUGCUGCUCAAAUUAGGCAAAUUGUCUGCUUAUUAAUGUACCAAGUUUAAGCAAACUUUAUAGUUUUGUAUAUAUCUGCAAAUAAAAAUAGUGUUAGUGAGAACGGAACUAAAUUGGCUUUGGCCAAUCAGCAGAGGAGCGCCACUUCAGAUGACGCGCUUGAUACGUCGUCAUAGAAACCAAAACAACAGGUACGUCACAGCUUCAGUCAGAUCGUCAGCUUUAGGAUUGUUUCUGCACAAGUUUGACGAUGUCUUCGUACAAAGCACCUAAGAGAAGUCUCACACGAAGUGAUGAGACUGACCAAACCGACACUUUUCACAAACAUGCCAGUGACAUGUGAGGACAGAGAUCUUCCAGGUGAUUCAUUUAUACAACUUAUGAAAGAUGAUCCAUCUACCGUGAAGGGGGCAGAAACACUAAUCCUGGGGGAAAUGCUUACCCUGCCUCAGAAUUUUGGAAAUAUUUUCCUUGGCGAGACCUUCUCCAGUUACAUCAGUGUGCACAAUGACAGCACUCAAAUGGUCAAAGAUAUCCUCGUAAAGGCUGAUUUGCAGACGAGCUCACAGAGGUUAAAUUUAUCUGCGUCGAACUCGGCCGUAUCUGAACUCAAACCAGAGUGCUGUAUUGAUGAUGUCAUCCAUCAUGAGGUCAAGGAGAUUGGGACACACAUCUUGGUCUGCGCAGUGAGCUACACCACUCAGUCUGGAGAGAAACUUUACUUUAGGAAGUUUUUCAAAUUUCAGGUUCUCAAGCCUCUAGAUGUAAAAACCAAAUUCUACAAUGCUGAGAGUGACCUCAGUUCUGUGACAGAUGAGGUGUUCCUCGAGGCCCAGAUCCAGAACAUCACCACAUCCCCAAUGUUCAUGGAGAAGGUGUCUCUGGAACCUUCUUUGAUGUAUAACGUAACUGAACUCAACACUGUGGCUGCUGAAGAACUGAGCGAGUCGACGUUUGGGACGAUGUCCUAUCUUCAGCCCUCGGACACCAGGCAGUAUUUAUACUGCUUGAAGCCCAAGCCGGAGUUUGCAGAGAAGGCCGGGGUUAUAAAGGGGGUGACGGUCAUUGGCAAACUAGACAUUGUGUGGAAAACCAACCUUGGAGAGAGAGGCAGACUACAGACCAGCCAACUACAGAGGAUGGCUCCUGGUUACGGUGACGUCAGGCUUUCUCUUGAACUCAUCCCAGACACUGUCAAUCUUGAAGAACCUUUUGACAUCACCUGUAAAAUCACUAACUGCAGUGAGAGGACCAUGGAUCUGCUGCUUGAGAUGUAUAACACUCGGUCCAUCCACUGGUGUGGGGUGUCGGGCAGACAGUUGGGUAAACUCAGCCCCAACGCGUCUCUAUCUAUUCCACUCAAGGUCCUGUCAUCUGUUCAGGGCUUACAGAGUAUAUCAGGACUGAGAUUAACAGAUACUUUUCUGAAAAGGACGUACGAAUAUGAUGACAUCGCACAGGUCUGCGUGGUCUUUCCUUACACGAGUCCAGAGAGUUGAACCCCCUUUGUGGAUUUUUGCACUGUGUAUCUCAAUGGACCAAUUUCAUGUUUGUGUGUAAUACCUGUCACCUUUUUCUUUGCUCUUUAAGGUGGUUGUUUUAAAAUGUAAUUUUAAAGCCCCUAAUCAUGAUUUUAAGUGUUUGUCAAUGUGAAUAAAACCGUUUCAAAACAGGAA